UAAUAAACAAAUGCCUCAUCUAUGCGUCAUCAGUCAACUUGGAAUUUCAGUAAUCAAGUUGUUUUUCUGUAAUUGAAGAAUAUUAGAUUUUUAUUAUAAUUUGCUACCUUUAAAAUGGAGUGGCUUUUUGGAAAGAAAUUAACACCCGAAGAAUUGCUUCGGAAAAACCAAAGGGCUUUAAACAAGGCUAUGCGAGAUCUGGACAGGGAAAAACAGAAAAUGGAACAACAGGAAAAGAAAAUCAUAAACGAUAUUAAAAAACUAGCUAAAGAAGGUCAAAUGGAUGCCGUCAAAAUUAUGGCUCGCGAUUUAGUAAGGACUAGACGUUACGUUAAAAAAUUCAUGCUAAUGAAGGCAAACAUACAAGCCGUAUCACUGAAAAUACAAACUUUAAGGUCACAGAAUGCAAUGGCCCAGGCAAUGAAAGGAGUUACCAGGGCUAUGGCCAGUAUGAAUAGACAGUUAAAUUUACCGCAAAUACAGAGGAUCCUGCAAGAAUUUGAGAAACAGUCUGAGAUUAUGGAUAUGAAGGAAGAAAUAAUGAACGAUGCUAUUGAUGAUGCGAUGGAAGGAGAUGAUGACGAAGAAGAGAGUGAUGCAGUUGUUAAUCAAGUUUUGGACGAACUAGGUCUACAAUUGACUGAUACUUUAUCUGGAUUGCCCCAAACUGCAGGGGCUCUUCCUGCCAACAGUAGUAAACAACCAGCUGCAGCUACAGCAGUUGCAGGGGGUGGUGCUAGUGGUGGUCUCUCUGAUGCCGAUGCAGAUCUACAGGCAAGAUUAGAUAAUUUAAGAAGAGAAUAAUAAUUUCAUUGUUUACCAGAGUAUUUAUAAAUAUAUACCUUUUUUAAUUAUUUUAUAACAUUAUUAGAAUAAAUCCAGCUUAUUGUGAUAACAAUAAAAAUAUUUUAAUGUACUUUACGAUUGUUAGUUCAAAACAAACUAUUGUUUAAGAUAUAAUAAAAAAGCUUUAUUGAA